AUGAGCGAGACGAAGGAAGAAAACUACAAGAGCGGGUCGAAGACAAAAUACCCGCAGUCACUAAUGAUGGAUAUGUCAAGGUCGUAUAUGAACAGGCAAGACAGAAUCAACGCCCUGAAUUUGUACAUUCAGAAAUCAUCUUACAACCCACAGUUUCUACAAGACGAUGAAGAAGAAGAGGACGAAAAUGAGAGUGAAACAUUAGGAGAUAUUAUCCUGCGCAUUUUGUCCAUAAUAUAUCCUGACCUGUCCCCAGGGUUAUGGUUUAUAAUUCACUUUAUUAUGAACUUGAUUGUUCUUUGUGUAAGUUUAAGUACAUUAUCAGAGCCAAAUUUACACGACCCCAUAGCUGAACCCAAAUAUAAUAGGACCUUUAUUUAUGGCAGUAUCUACUGUUGCUUCCUCAUCCUGGGUGUGAACAUAGCUUCCUUCACUCUAAUUAUGAUCAUCCAUGCGAUUAUUCAGAAAGUGUUUUUGGAAAAGCUUUUACAACCAAGUGCCCUAUGUGCAGCUUUUUACAAUACAGUGGACCCUGAGCUGGUGUACCUGUUAUGGUCAUCUGUUCAGAUUAUCUACUGGAGGAGUAACAUGAUUUUAAAAAAGGGAGCUCAGGAAAGUGAAAAUUAUUUUGUUCUUCGUAUUUUUGGUUAUAAAGACCAAGACAACCCAUUUACAUUUUUGAAUAGCAUCAGUUGGUUAAUCACCUUCCCAAUACUAUUAUACAUUGUAUUUGCAGCGAGGUUGCUUUUCCUGUCCAUUAUAUCUUUUGUAUUUGAGCUGGGUUUCUUAAUGAAUGCCCAUGACCUGUUAGGGAAAUAUUUGUCCAAGUAUGGUAUACUCCGCAAAUUUAACAUUGAAUGGUUUAUGUUCAUGGCAGACAAGCAGGAAAAUAUUCGAUCCCUCUUUGGCUACGAAUUAUAUCAGGAUGAAAAAAUGAUUAAACAGUUAGAAACAAAUGACAUUAGUAAGAAGUUUGUGCAGGAUAAAGCGGAGUUGUUACUUUUUAAAAAUUUGCCUCGUAAUUGUACUUGUUGUAAAAUUGCUCUAAAUAGAAAUAAAAAAAAAAAUGCUAUGAAACUGCUAGUGCCUCCAAUUUUUGAAGCAAAAAAUAUUGUGAAGACAGAAAGCUCGACCAUUAAAAACUGGUUAGCCUGUCAUUAUGUGGUGAAUACACCUCCUUUAAUUUUUCUUUUAAAUAAUAGCAUACCCAUGAUUAAUAAAAAUUCAGUUAAAAUUGGUUCUGAUGUACUGUUCAGGCAAAUCAUCAUGUCCUUGAAAAUGUACUACCAGGAGAAAAACGACACGUAUGCCUUCACUGGAUCCGCCAUGCAUAAUAUGUCCUCUGAUGAAUUUUCCCCUAAUAGAAAUUUAAUGACUUUGAAUUUGAACAGGGAUUCUAAUUUAACUCCUUCGCAAGGUCCCUUCCCUUUUAGCCCCAAAAAUCUUGUGACCAACUCCGAUUCAGAAUCUAGAGCGAAGAAGAAAAUAAACUUAGAGAACAUUUUCAACGACAUUGAUUUGGAUGCUAUCCGGAUGGAGGCUGCUCAGGAGGAAGCGGGAAAGGGGGGCGUUGUGGUAGCGCGUCAGACGAAUUCUGCAAUGGGGAUUAACGAGUCACGAUCCUUGGUCAAGACAAAAAGUCGGGCCAAGCAGAAACCCAAGGCAAAGCGCGGAUCCAGGAAUGGUAGCAACGUGGCUCAAAGGAGGAGGGGCAAAUCGGGAGUGUCAGAACGUGGCGGUGGGAGCCAAACGGCGGACAGGAGGACGUCCUCCGCGGUCAGCGACACGAUCGAAAUGAGCAGCGACAGGAGGGGGGAGCCACAAGCGGUGCACUUGGAUGGUGUAAGUUCAGGUGCUUCUCCCCGUGUGCAACAAAUUAAAAGUGUCAAAGUGAGCGACGGGGGGGUGCCACGGCGGCAACAUCACCAUCACCCAUCGGAUGACGAAGCGAAUGGCAAACCGCAUGACGGACGGGGUGGGAAUGCCUCGUCGCUCAGGAAGGACACCGUGCAGGAGAAUCUAGAGAGAGAAGCACGAAAUGGUCGUACCGGCAAGGGAGAGGUGAUUCAUCCCUCCUCCUCGAUCAGAGGACAGGACGAGGAGCCAAACAUCACCAAAAAAGACACGUCCAUUUUGGAAGGCACAAAGUUCAACAUCUGCAUCACGCCAUCCCUGUCUGGCAUUCAGGAAAUGGCGAGCGAGAAGAAGGACCACGUGGGAAGUGCAAACGGUGACGUCAACGCGCUCUAUGACGAUUUGAAGGGCGCACAGGACGGGCCGUAUUACCCGCCGCUGGAAAACUACAACAGCAUGCAGGUGCAGAUAAAGGACUUCACUAUCGAGGACGUCCUGCAGAAGAAGUACACCAUGGACUCGAUGCAUAAGUGCGAGAUUGGGAGAGGCCCGUGCGAAAAGGGGGUGCCGCUCUCAACUGAAGAGGAAGAAGUGUGUGUAGACCGGGCCGCCCCGCGCGACAUCGAGGUAGGGAACGCGGCCCACCGGCUGGACAGGGAGCACACCGUGGGCGCGCCUUUACAAAAUGGGCCAGCGAAGCGAAACACCACACUGAACAUCUCCAGUGACGAAAGCAAUAAGGAGUCGUACACGAGAGAAGUGAACUCAUCGUACCAGCUAUUCGGGGAUAGGAAAAAAAAAACAAACAAUAAAAUAAAGGAGUCCAUUAAAUUAAGUAAGAAAAUGAAAAACAACGGGUCUACAAACAAAAACGCACAGUACUACCAUUCGCAUCUCUUGAACGAAGAAUUGAAUGUGCUGGAGAGAAGCGAUGCAAUCAACGUAAAAAAGCUGAAGGAGAAUAGGAAAACCAAAUUGUGCCCAUUUUUAUGCUUUAAGAAAAAUAAAAAAGGACGAUUCAGCAGAAUAAAGAAAGAUAUUUCUCUCGAGAUUGACGACCCCUUUGUUAUGAAUGUGAGGAGUCCCAUGCAGAUGAGUAUAAAUGGAAAUGAAUUCAUAACAAAAGAAAUGAUUGAAGUUUUUUUGAAGCCAGAAGAGACGGAAGAGUUCAUGAAGGAGUUUGAUUUAUCUGGGCAUGGGAAAAUUGACAUGCUCAUGUUUAGGAAUGCAAUAAAGAGAGCUAUAUCGUGUAGAAAAAAAUUCAUAAAAAGUUUAAAGGGACAAGAAAGUAUUCUUAAAUUGGUUCGUAGAUUAAUGUCUAUUCUUCUUUCCUUCUUGGCAUCUGUCGUUCUCUUAUUCAUUUUUGGAGUAUCCGUCGACACUAUCAUUGUGACAGGGGCUGCGUUCAUAACAGCCGUAACAGUUAUUCUAAGCUAUAUGUACACAAGCUUUAUCACCUCAGUCAUUUUUAUUGCCUUCUCGAAUCCAUACAAUAUAGGAGAUCGUAUAAGACUCGAUGGGGGAGAAGCCAUGUAUAUUAAGAAGAUAAAAACAUAUACAACAGAGUUCGAAACAACCACAGGAAAAAUCGUUAUAUACGAAAAUUCAAAAUUGAGUAAUGCCAAAAUAUACAAUGAAAGUAGAUCCAAAAAUGCUUAUAUUGACAUAUCCUUCAAGGUUGACAUUAACACUCCUCUGCUUGCACUUAAGGAGCUCAGGAAAAGCUUACAGUUCUUGGUCGAUAGUAGACCCAGCGAUUUUUGCAAAACGAAAAAUUUAUAUUUUGGCUACUCACUACAGCCGGGGCAUUUUUACGAAAUCAGUUUUUGGAUCAAGUGCGUUGAAGGGUGGGGGAACUGGAGGAAAGUUUUUGAAUUGAGGACAGACAUUUACGAUUUUAUCAUUUUGCAAUUGAGACUGCUAAGCAUAUCUUACAGACUGCCCACGCAGAAGGUCGGCUUCACUGCUCCGCUCAAUAUUAUGGACACGAGUAACUUGAAGGCGAAUAGGAAUAAGCCAUACGACUACUCCUGCCCUCCUAAGGAAAUCAGGAAUCCGCUCUUCAUGCCGUCUGCCAAACAUAAGAGGGAGUUCGAUUGGUCAGUCGAUGAAUUGCGCAGCGAUGAUGAGCCAAGCGGGGAGAGGCAAAGUGGGGAGAUGCACUGCGGUGACAAGCAAAGCGGUGACAAGCAAAGCGGUGACAACUUGAUGGGUGCACUCUGUGGGGAUGUCCCUACCCAUUUGUGCCGUACCGAUGGGGUGGACCAUGCCCUACUGCACAGGAGGAGAAAUGGAAAAACUGAGCAGCGUGGAGGGGGUAAACCAUCUGUACCGUUUUGGAAGAAUUUCAAAGUGGGUCAUCCAGCCAUCGAAAUGCAGAAUAUCCACAACCUGUGGGACGACAGUGAGGAGAGAAGUCCAGCACAAUGGACACAUGAAGCAAUGCAUGACUGGACAAAACACACAAGGCGUGAUGAAGACGGAGUGAAUACACAAUACGGAACUACUUUCCUGUAUGAGGAGUACAGUAUUGAACAGCCCAACCAUCUGCUCAAUCCACACAACCUUUUGCACAGCUCAGAGGCGUCACAAAAAAAUACAUAUGACGAGGGAGACGAAUACUCUGCUGAUAGUUCCUCUGGUUAUGACAGCUUCGAAUACGUAAAGCACUUUACAACACUUCAUGAUGGAGAUCGAAGGGGGGUUCACGCCAAAGGUGGCAGAAGCUUUGUGCACAGAAGGGAUUGCAAUAAGAAAGACGAGUACUGA